GCUUCGAAGGAUAAAUCUCGUUAUUUUUCGUUGCGAGCUCAUCUUCCCAAACGGACCAAAAUACCCCUUGAGUGUGCCGAAAACCACAAAACUAGCAUUUAAACUCACAGAACUCAACUCAGGCGAGUCGAGUAUGACGAGAAACCCGAUUCUGAACUUGCGCCGGCGACGGUAACGUGCGCCGAGAGCUCGUCUUCCACACCAAGACUGAGAAGAUGACUGCAGUCGUACCCCUCUUCUCAUCCUUCACACCAAAUCCCAUCUCAACGGCCAAGCUCAAACUCCCGCCAAAUCUCUCUUCUUCUUUGAAUCUCAAUUCUCUGAGGCGUAGUGAUUACCGGAGAUUUGUGAAUUUCACUCGUGCGGCAGUGGUUUAUGGAAGAUCAGAUGGUGGCUAUGACCCAGAGCUACGGAUGGUGCUGGAACUGGCGACAGACUCUGAAUUGUAUGAAAUUAAAAGCAUUCUCUUCGGUCCCAGCUACUUUAGUCCCUUGCUGAAAUCACUAACAAAAAGAGCCGAUGUUGACAUCAUGCAUGGAGGAGUUUCCGAGGGACGGGAAGAUUUCAUAGAGCAUCUUGAGGCGCGCUUCUUGUUUCUUGCAGCAGACGCACGAUCUACACUGAGGGGUUGGAGGCCCUCGUACAGAAAUGUUUUACUUGGUGUAAGAAGAAAGUUAAGCAUUCCAUGUUCAAGCAAACUGUCCACAGAAGAUCUCGAGGCAGAAAUUUUUCUUCACCUGUUACAUGAAUAUUCGAGUGAGGAAACAGGCAGUGUUCCUUUCCUAUCGGAUAAGUUUACAUCUUCUAAUAGUCAAGGUAGUUUAGAACCUGGCCUAGGUCAGUGGAAGAUGCGUGCUCUGGAAGCAUUGAAAGUGGGGGCUGAGGAGCUCCAGUCUUUACUUUUGAAGGGUGGUGGUGUGUUAACAUUGGCAAAGAUAUAUCAAUUGUUAGCAAGGAGAUUAUCCGGGAAGAUGCUUUUGGAAGCUGCGAACUAUCAGAUAAAGCGGGAAGUUCUCAAAAAGGGUGGACAGGUGGUAGCUAUAAACCUCGAGUCGAGAGCAGCCUUGCUUGCAGCAAGACAGGGUUUUUCUUAUGCAACAUCACGAUACCUCGGGCUUCGAAGCAUGAUGAUGUUACUUGGCCCAAUGCUGUGGGGAACUUUUCUGGCUGAUGUUGUAAUUCAAAUGAUUGGCACAGAUUAUGCUAGAAUUCUUCGAGCAAUUUACGCAUUUGCGCAGAUCCGUCUUACUCGAACUUAUGGGUGGACGCCAGUCAAGGAACAUCCAGCCGAUUAUUUUUGAGUCACCAUGUUAUCUGGUGGUAUGUGAAUCUCAGCUUCAUGUUGAUGUUUUUCUACACUGAUGGCAAAGGUGCGGAAUUCUGGUGCACAUGAUGAAAUACAUUUCCAGUUCCUACUUACCAGUUGAGGAGGAAAUCUCUCUUUCUUGUAAUUUAUUUUAUUUCCAUCUCCAUUAAGUGGAUAAUAUGGGCUUCUCUUUGGAAAAUUACCAAACACCUGCUGGGUACAACUAUUGGGACCGAAAACCUGCCAUGUUUCUUGGAAAACCCCCCCAUGUAUCGAAAAUAGGUAAUAAAGAUUCCCCACCAUCCACAUCUGCUAAUAGUGGGUUUUUAUUUUA